AUGAAGCUGUCUGGGCCCCUGACGCCAUCGGAGAAAGAUGCCAUCUGGGCGGCAGCCACCCUCCUCGGAUCAUCCACGCUCGCCGGUGUUGAUGCGCUGUCCCCGGAACAGGCCUGGCCGCUCCGGGAGUCGUCGGAGAGCGACCUGGACUGGCUGCGGAUGUACGAUGGCAAGCGUGAGAUCUGGCGCAUUGUCGAACCUACCCGUCCCGACUGCUGCCUACGUCUCUUGAGCCAAGAAGUCGACACGGUUCGCGAAGACAUGUUGGUGACAGAGCCCGGGCUGAAGCGGCUCCCCAAUGAGCUCUGCCAGUUACUCGGUCUGCACGGCCAUGUCGACCUUGUAUCCAAUCCGUAUCACUCUUCGGCAAACAUCCUGAACAACUUGAUGGCUAUUAAAAGCAAAACUAGCAUUCUAACCUUUCUUUCGUUCAUCUUUCUUAUCGAGGCAGACUUCAGGCAGUUGGUGGUGGAAAAAGACCCGUACGCACUCAUCUUGCUGGCGUACUGGUUUGCCGAGUUCAGCCAGCACCACGCGUGGUUCGUUUGGAGGCGAUCCGUUCUGGAAUGCCAGGCUAUCUGUCUCUAUAUUGCCCGGCACCACGGUGAUAUUGACCACAUGGAUACCAUUUUGGCGCAUCCGCGCAGGAUCUGUGGAUUGGUCUCGUCUAAAGCAGGCAAAGACUAG